CUGCCCCUUCCUUGCCAGUCACCUGACCCUGGCCAUUCCCAUCAUCGGGGGUGUCCUGUUCUUCUUUGUCAUCAGCUGUCUGCUGCAGACGAGCCUCAGAGACCCAGGUAUUCUGCCCAGAGCCACCCCCAGUGAGGCUGCAGACCUGGAGAAACGGAUUGAUAGCAUGGGCACCUCCACCUACCGCCCACCUGCCCGGACAAUGGAAGUGGUUAUAAACAAAUACGUGGUGAAAUUAAAGUACUGCUAUACCUGCAAAAUGUUCCGACCCCCCAGGACCUCUCACUGCAGCGUCUGUGAUAACUGUGUAGAGCGGUUUGAUCACCACUGCCCCUGGGUAGGCAACUGCGUGGGGAAGCGUAACUAUCGCUACUUCUACGCCUUCAUCCUCUCCCUCUCCUUCCUGACGGCCUUCAUUUUUGCUUGUGUCGUCACCCACCUCACUCUGCGCUCUCAGGGAAGUGGAUUCCUCACCACUCUGAAGGCAACGCCGGCGAGCGUGCUGGAGUUGGUGAUAUGUUUUUUCUCAGUCUGGUCUAUUUUGGGCCUCUCAGGUUUUCACACUUACCUAGUCGCCUCCAACCUGACGACGAAUGAAGACAUCAAAGGGUCGUGGUCAAAUAAGAGAGGCUCAGAGUUUGCCAAUCCCUACAGCCAUAAGAGUAUCCUCACCAACUGCUGUGCAGUAUUGUGUGGGCCAUUCCAUCCCAGUUUAAUAGACAGAAGAGGAUUUAUCCAGCCUGAUGCUGGGACCCCGUCCAGUCCCAAGAGUGAAAUCCCCUCCUUUGGAGCCAAGACUGACACUAGCAUGUAUGUUCAGGGGACUAAAGCGCUCUUGAGGACACGGAUAAUACCUGAAACAGCAGCCAUUACCACCGCCUGUGCCUCCACACCAGGGCUACGCUACUGCACCUCGGUCCCUCCCGUGGCAAGAGAGGGAGGAAAGCUGCUGUGCACGUGGGAAAGCCUUUCCGAACCCGCGUGUGGAGCUGACGCACUCUGCUGUGCCAUGGGUUUGAAGCAUAAAGCCAUAAAUGCAUCUGUUCUGAGUGCAAUAACUGGAGUUUUUACCGUCUCCUGCUGCUGGAAAGAGACUCAUGCAACUGAACCAAGGCCCUCGCUGGCUCCUUGGAACUAGCCUUACUCUGCAGUGCCGGUGUCGCCCCCUCAAUAGACUGAAGAUGUAAUUAUAGUUAUUUAGAUGAGCAGGUACAUGAGACUUUACCAGGUUUAGUGCGGGGUGUUCACAGCUGGUUAAGUGGGCUUGUGAAGCAGAAUUCUGCCAGAGCUGGCCAGCAGGCCGCCUCCCCAGCUGUGAGCUGCUUGUGCGGUAUGUAUGCAGGCAAAGGACUCUCCUGUCUCUGAGGUAGUUAGUGUGUGUGAAGAGUUCACCUGUCAAACACUUACUAGUAAGUUCUGUGUUUUCCGUGUCUUAGGAUACACUAGUGUAGAGGAAGGGAUUAAGUGCAGUAGUGACUUUUGCAGCCCCUGUGUAGAUUCCUCUGCUCCUGCCAUCAGCAUUAUUGAAAGGACAGAGCAGAAAAGAGGGGGAGGAAACUGGAUGCUCUAACACUCUAGCAGCCACUGGCAAACCAAGCAGGGUUUGUAAAAGGGAGCUGGUGUAAACCCGUGAGACCCCACCCUGGUCAGCUAGGCUAGAGUCUGGUAGGGUUUGAAAUCCAUUUAUGCCUUUUACUUUUUGUAACAAAAUAAAGUUUCUCCUAUUUACUGUA